AUGGCCGAUGUGGAAAGGCUUGUUUCUCUAUGUGAAGGAGACGACCGGGUAGAGCUACAGAAGCUUGUGUCUGCCUUGACCGAGGACGAGCUCAUUGCACUGAUCACUCACAGCGCGGAAAGGGGAAAGGACGCAGGAGCUGUGAUCAAAGCCAUUCUUAAAGGAUCCCCGCCUAGCACGCCGGAAGGCGUUGCUUGCAGAGUUCUGUUGUACAAACGCUGCAUCCCGCUCUGUGAGUCUGGGGAUCUGCGGCUGGAUGUGGUGUCUGACAUCCUUGGACUUCUUACGAGAGAGAUUUGCACACUUCCUGGCCCUGCACUGGCACAAUUGGCCCAUUUCUUUGUUGAAGCCAUCAAAGUGGGCUCCAUGGGCCAUGGCAAAUCUCUGGAGCUGUUUCCCACCAUCCUCACAGCACUGUCUGCCACUGAGACGUUGGCCUAUGGCAAGGGGGAACUGCGUGGGGAUGAGUACAGGAAACAGCUGAUCAACAGCCUGUGCUCCAGCAGGUGGGACCCUCACUGUGUGAUCCAGCUCACUUCUAUGUUCAGGGAUGUGCCUCUUUCCAAGGAGGAGCUGCAGUUUGUGGUGGAGAAGGUGCUGAGAAUGUGCUCUGAACUGGACCUGCAGGAGAUCCCUCCUCUGGCCUAUCAGCUGCUGCUGCUGUCAGCCAAGGGCUGUAAGAAAAUCAUCCUGGAAGGUCUUGUCAGUUUCUUCAAUGAGCUGGACCAGCGUCAGACAGACAAAGAGAAGCACAGCGAUGGUGCAGACGUGGAGGUGGAGAUGCAGUCUGUCCCUCAGGACCAGCUGCGGCACGUGGAAGGCACCACCAUUCUGCAUGUGGCAUUUGCUGUGCAGCUGGACCACGAAUUGGGCCGAGAACUGCUGAAAAGCCUCAAGGAAUGCCAGGAAGGUGGCCUGUGUCCCUUUAGCAUUGCCCUGCUCCUGUCAGUGGCCCGCAUCCAGCGCUACAAGGAGCAGGCUUUUGAGCUGCUGAAGACAGCGGUCAUGAGAAGUUUGAGGGACAAGCAGAUGAGGUGCGGCUCCAUGUUUGUGCAGGGUCUGCUCCCUCAGGGCAGAGGAGUCUCCCACAUGAUCUUGGACACAGUCAGGAACAGUGCGUUUGGCUGGGACCAUGUGACACAGGGGCUGGUGCAGCUGGGAUUCAUCCUCAUGGACUCAUUUGGACCCAAGCCAGGAGCAUCAGGGAAGGCAAGCGCAGCCAAGAGCCUUGUCAAGCAGGCGUGUCAGCUUGGGAGACGUGUCCUCCGGGACAGCUUCAAGUUGCACGAGCCAAUUAGAGGCGAGAUUCUGGAGCAAGUCCUGACCAGACUGGUUACAAAGACGUCCUCCCAAGUCUCACAUUUUAUAGAGUUGUUUUCGGACAUUGCUGUUUUGGCUCCCAUGAUCAUCCUGCAGUCAUCCUCAAAGGUGAUUGAGACCUUUGAUCACCUGCCUUACCUGCCCAUCAGCACUGUGCAGGGGCUUCUACAAGUUAUACAGCCCUUAAUGAAAGUCAGUGUCUCCCUGAGAGAUGCCUUGAUCCUAGUGCUGAGAAAGGCUCUGUUCUUCAGCCAGCUCAACGCCCGCAGGGUUGCAGUGGCUGGAUUCCUGCUGCUGCUGAAGAACUUCAGGGUCCUAGGCAGCAUCACCUGCAGUCAAGCAAGCCAGGGAUUUUCAUCGAGCCAGCUUCAGGUGGAUGUCCACGCACGGUAUAACUCUGCUGCCAAUGAGUCCUUCUGCCUGGAGAUCCUGGGCAACCUCAGGCGCUCCCUGAGUCAGCAAGCAGAAGUGAGACACAUGCUGUAUGAGGGUUUCCCCUACGUCCUGCGCCGCAACUCCCAGCUGGCCAGCUCUAUCAUGCAGAUUCUUCUCACACAGCUGAAGCGGUACUAUAACAUGGAGCAAGACCUGCUGCCUCCUGUGAAGCUGGAACAGUGUAUCAGUGCUCAGGGAGAGACUGUCUUCCUGCAGGAACCUCUGGCCCAUCUGGUGAGCUGCGCAAUGAGCUGCCUGCUGUGGUGCAAGGAUCUCCAGCGGCCAGAGGAAGACGAGGAGAGGGAGGAGGAAGGCGGGUUCGAGGAAGAGCUGCAGACCAUACUGGAGAGUGUCACCAGACGCAUGAUGAAGAGCAAUCUGGAGGACUUUGAGCUGGAUAAAUCGUCUGACUUCUCAUCCUCCAGCAUUGGGGUGAAGAACAGCAUUUACGCUGAGCUGGUGAUGGGCAUUUAUGAGGUUCUUAUUGAGUACAACUACACCACAGCAAACUACAGCAAGUCUCGUUUUGAGGACCUGCUGCAGCUCUUUGGCCAUUUGCACAAGUUGUCUGAGAUACUGAGGGAGAAGUCCAAGACGAGCAGGCCGGCCCGCAGCAUGCUCUCCCUGGGCUGUGUGGCUGCUCUGCUGACCGCUCUCUUCAGAGACUGCACACCAAGCCGGGAGGAGAGUCUGUCAGUCCUGCGCUCCAGCUUGGAGUUCCAGCGAUAUGCUGUGGGUGUGGCUGUGCAGAAGGUCCAACAGCUGGAGGAGACAGGGCAGACAGACAGCCUGGAGGGGCAUAACACGGAGCGUACCUUCCGCCACCUCUGCGAUAUAACCAGUGCACUCAUGUGGAGGUACACCAGGAUCCCGUCAGCAGUGGAGGAGGCAGGCCGGCACAAUCGGAGCAAGAGUGUGUCUUUGCUGUGCUUGGAGGGCCUGCAUUGCGCUUUCAGCCUGGUGCUGCAGCGGCAUCCCACUCGCGCCAAAAACUUCCUGAGUGCUAUAGAGGUCUCUGAGGAAGGGGAACGAGAACCAGAAGCUUCCAAUGUGACAGAGAGCGCGGCGUUCUACAUCCGCCAGUUCCAGAGGGCCUUGGUGUCUCUGCUCAGUGGGGUGGAAGAUAACUUCAACAGCAGGGAGGCCCAGCUUCUGCUCAGCAUCUUAGGAGUGCUGGCAGGCCAGCUGGACCCCUCAUCUCCACAGUUUGUUCAGAUGAUCACAUGGACUGUUAAAAUCACCAAGGAGACUGCACUGAAGGACAUGGCAUUCUGCAAGGCGCUGCUGUCUCUACUGUUUGAGCUGCACAUGCUGUACAAGAGCCCAGUGACUGUGCUGUGGGAGCUGUGCCAGGAUAUCCACGGAGAACUGGGGGACAUCGACCAGGAAGUGGAGGUGGAGAAACAGUCUCACUUUAACAUCAUCAACAUCAAGACUGCUCUGCCCACUGCACUGCUGGUUCUGACCCAGGUGGGCAGGAUCCUGGAUGAAGUUGACUGGGUGAUUGCCAAGAGGAGGUGCCAGCAGAGUAGCAAGGAAGCUAGCUCAGGUACUUGCUGUCCAGGAGGACAGCAGGAUCCAGUGGAGAAGGCCAUGACGCUACAGAUGGGGACUCUGCUGACAGCGCUCAAUGAGCUGGUCCAAACUGCGCUGCCUCCUGGACCCUGCACAGACUCGCUGCUGAGAGUCCUGAGCCGUACCUACACCGUCCUCACCACUCUGGCCAAAUACUACAUCCAGCAGUGUUCCAGCCAGCCCUCUACACUUCCUGCUCGAAUGGAGAAGCUGGUGAAACUGUCUGGGUCUCACCUGACACCACAGUGCUACUCCUUCAUCACCUAUUUGCAGAAUGGGGACCCAAGUGCUGGCGCUCAGAAGAAAGAGGACAUGGCUGCAGCCUCAGCCAGAGUUCUGCGUGAGGCCAAAACUAUUCCCACCCUGAUCUUCAAUAUUGAGCAGUAUGAAAGAUUUCUUAUCCUGCUGUCCAAGAAAUCAAAGGUAAAUCUGAUGCAGUACAUGAAGCUGAGCAUUUCCCGAGACUUCCGCAUCAACGCUGCCACCGUGGAGGCCGCUCUGCAAGAACAGCAGGAGAGCCAGCAGACUGCAGAAUCUCAAGAGGUGAAUGAGACCCAGGCACCACAGAGGAAGAGACGGAAGCCGUGAGCGUGGUCCAUUCCUACCCAGGCAUCGCAGAGGAAGAGACGGGAGCCGUGAGCGUGGUCCAUUCCUGCCCAGGCCCUCUCACUGGAUCCCC